CGGAUUAUCCGCUAUUAGCUGAAAAAUGCUGAAAGUUUAUUGUAUUCUCGUCGCAAGUCUGGCCGGGAUUUGGGCCGCCGACUACGAAAUGAUUCUGGAGGAUCCGGAUGUCUUUUCGCCCUGCACCGAACCACCGCCCGGGUCGGUGGGCGUCAAGGGACUCCUUAAUUUGGAUAACCUGGUGACGAGUCAGGACUCUGAGACGAUUCACAUCUCCGAAAAUGUCAGCACCACGUGGGAAGUGGAACCAACCGAUCGCAUUUCCGCAAGGAUCGCCAUGAUGCACUUCAACCGCGGCACCUGGGAACCCACUGUUUUCAGCGUAGCUACCCCGGACUUCUGCUCCGUGAUGUUCAAUGAGGACCAAUACUGGUACAAGUACUGGACGAAACACAUCAUAAACCGCGAGGAGGCGGAAAAGAAUUGCCUGCGGGUACCUGGUACCAUUUUGGCGCACAAACCCUUCGAUGUGCAACUUCUCGUGACGAACAUCCGAGGGGCAACCUUGCAUGGACGCUACAAGGCGGUGGUCACUUUCGAGGCUAUUGACGAGAAGAAUGCCCCGCGACCCAACACCAUUUGCUUUGAAAUCAGGGGAGAAGUUGAAAAGCUAUGAAGAUUGGAUAGUAGAAUCCAUGUAAUUUCCACAUUUUGAUUAAAUCAUGAUAGGAAUUGCAAUAAAUAUUGAGGUAGAAUCCUUAAAAAUUGAA